AUGGGCAAGUCCGAAAGCCAGAUGGAGAUGGUGGAGAGGGCCGGCUGGUCCGGGAAGAAGGGCCGGCGCCUCCUGGAAGGGGGGCUGCUGCUGCUGCUGCUGCUGCUGGCGGGAGCCCUGGUGGCCCUGGCUGUCCUCUACGCCACCAGCGGAGGGAAGCCGCUGCCACUCUUUACUAUUCCGCUUUGUUUCUCAAAGGAAGAGAAGACCACUGUAAAACGAAAACCCCGAGACCUGCAAGAAACCGUGAAGACCAUGGAGCUCUGCACCAGCCCCGGCUGCGUGAUCGCAGCCGCCAGAAUUCUCCAGAACAUGGACCCGUCCCAGGAGCCCUGUGACGACUUCUACCAGUAUGCCUGCGGCGGUUGGCUGCGGCACCACGUCAUCCCCGAGACCAACUCCCGCUACAGCGUCUUCGACAUCCUCCGGGACGAGCUGGAGGUCAUCCUCAAAGCGGUGCUGGAGAACGCCACCGCCAAGGACCGGCCGGCCGUGCAGAAGGCCAAGCUGCUGUACCGCUCCUGCAUGAACGAGAGUGUGAUAGAGAAGCGAGACUCCCAGCCCCUGCUCGACAUCCUACAGGAGGUGGGCGGCUGGCCAGUGGCCAUGGACAAGUGGAACGAGACCGAAGGCCCCAAGUGGGAGCUGGAGCGGCAGCUGGCCAUGAUGAACAGCCGGUUCAACAAGCGCGUGCUCAUCGACCUCUUCAUCUGGAAUGACGACCAGAACUCGAGCCGGCACAUCAUCUACAUAGACCAGCCCCCCCUGGGCAUGCCGUCGCGGGACUACUACUUCAACGAGGGCAGCAACCGGAAGGUGCGGGACGCCUACCUGCAGUUCAUGAUCUCGGUGGCCACCAUGCUGCGGGAAGACCUGAACCUCCCCGAGAACAGACUCAUGGUCCAGCAGGACAUGAUGCUGGUGCUGGAGCUGGAGACGCAGCUGGCGAACGCCACGGCCCCCCAAGAGGAAAGGCACGAUGUCACCGCCCUGUACCACAGGAUGGAGCUGCAGGAGCUCCAAAGCAAGUUCACCCUGAAGGGAUUUAACUGGACUCUCUUCAUACAAACGGUGCUGGCCUCUGUCGCCAUCGACCUGAUGCCUGAUGAGGAAGUGGUGGUCUACGGCAUCCCCUACCUCCAGAAUCUCGAGGACAUCAUAGGUAUCCACUCAGCUAGGACGGUGCAGAACUACCUGAUCUGGCGCCUAGUGCUGGACCGCAUCAGCAGCCUGAGCCAGCGGUUCAAGGAUGCACGAGUGAACUAUCGCAAGGCACUUUAUGGCACAACGGUGGAGGAGGUGCGCUGGCGGGAGUGCGUCAGCUAUGUCAACAGCAACAUGGAGAGUGCUGUGGGCUCCCUCUACGUCAAGGAAGCAUUUCCUGGAGAGAGCAAGAAUAUGGUCAGAGAGCUCAUCAACAAGGUGCGAGGCGUGUUUGUGGAGACCCUGGACGAGCUGGCCUGGAUGGACCAGGAGUCCAAGGAGAAGGCCCAGGAGAAGGCCAUGAACAUCCGGGAGCAGAUCGGGUACCCCGACUACAUCCUGGAGGAGAGGAACAAGUACCUGGAUGAGGAGUAUUCCAAUCUGAACUUCUCCGAGGACCUGUACUUCGAGAACAGCCUGCAGAACCUCAAGGCCAGCGCCGAGAGGAGCCUCAAGAAGCUGCGGGAGAAGGUGGACCAGAACGUCUGGAUCAUUGGGGCCGCGGUGGUCAACGCCUUCUACUCCCCGAACCGAAACCAGAUCGUGUUCCCUGCUGGGAUCCUGCAGCCCCCCUUCUUCAGCAAGCAGCAGCCCCAGGCCUUAAACUUCGGGGGCAUCGGGAUGGUGAUUGGGCACGAGAUCACCCAUGGCUUCGACGACAACGGCCGGAACUUCGACAAGGACGGCAACAUGCUGGACUGGUGGAGCAACUUCUCGGCCCAGCACUUCCGGGAGCAGUCCGAGUGCAUGGUCUACCAGUACGGGAACUACACCUGGAAGCUGGCGGACGAGCAGAACGUGAAUGGGUUCAGCACGCUCGGGGAGAACAUCGCUGACAACGGAGGUGUGCGGCAGGCGUACAAGGCUUACCUGAAGUGGCUGAUGGAGGGCGGCAGGGACCCCCAGCUGCCAGGACUGGAACUGACCCUCAAUCAGCUUUUCUUCAUCAACUACGCGCAGGUGUGGUGCGGAACCUACCGGCCCGAGUUCGCCGUCCAGUCCAUCAAGACCGACGUCCACAGUCCGCUGAAGUACAGGGUGCUGGGCUCGCUGCAGAACCUGGCGGCCUUCGCCGAGGCGUUCAACUGCGCCCAGGGCACCCCCAUGCACCCGCGGGAGCGAUGCCGUAUCUGGUAGUCAAGGCCCCGCCGCCCUGCGCGGCCCACGCCCGCCCGCCGCCGGGAAGCGCCCGCGGCCCAGACCGUGCCGCCGGCCAGGCCCCGGGUGCGCCCCGAGCGAGCGCAGACGCCGCCGCAGGCCCGGCCGCCCCGCGCCCCGCCGCCGCGCGAGGGUCACCGCCGCUCCGUGGUCCUCGCCUACGUCCGCAGCGCGUCCUCCUGGAAAGUCCAGAGCUAAACACUUGA